UAUCAACAAAAAAAAAGAAAAAAAAAAGAAAAAAAAAGGGGAAGUUCACAAACGUAAGGAAGCGUAGCAUGUAAUAGGAGAGAAAACCGAGGCGGGACGGCGACGACGGAGCUGGUUAGGGAGAGAGAGAGAAAAAGAAAAAGAAGAGGGAUGAUGUUUACGGUAAAGGCAUGGAGCAAGGGAAGAGCAAGGUCUGGUAUUUUACAGAUAGUUGGGGGCAGCAGCUGCGAAAUAGCCAUAGAGACACCGGCUCUCCUCCUCUCUACUCGUAAAGGCCUCCCAGCUUUCAUCUCCCCAGAUCUCCUCCCCUCCCUCCCUUCUCCUGAUUCCCACAUCCUCCAGUUUAGCCCUCUUCACUUCCUGGAGGGCCUUACACCAGAAACAAUGGCAAAUUGUGGAGGGUUACACCAGAUGCUUGGUUUGCAUGAAUAUGGAUUUGCAGCUGUGCCAAGAGAUUCUAUUGUAUGUCUUCCAGAAUGCAAUGGCACCAACAAAAUCGGAGCAUCUUUUGAAACUCCUUGUGGUCGUCUCUUGAUAAAAUCAUUAGAAUAUAUGAAAAUGAUUUCUUCUAUGAAGCCAAAUUUGUGGGCCACUUUAGCGGAUGAAGUGCCUGCAUGGGUCUCUAUAAAGAGGAACAAAAACUCGGUAGACCGAACUGUGAGAUGGCUUGAUGAAUGCAUUGCAUUAAGCUCGACAGGUGGAGCUGUUUUUGGAGCCAUUGUUGGAGGCUCUAGUGUGGAAGAACGCCGACGAUGUGCUCAGGAAGUAGCAAAGCGAAAUGUAUCAGGUUACUGGCUUGGGGGAUUUGGGCUUGGAGAGAGCAUGGAUGAGCGCUCUCCUCUCCUUAAUGCUGUAACGGAUAAUUUACCCGAGCAAAAGCCGCGGCAGAUUUGUGGCCUUGGGCUUCCAGAGGAGGUCUUGCAGGGCAUUGCUUCAGGAGUUGAUCUUUUUGACUCUACGUAUAUCUACGAUCUUACAAUUGGAGGUUUUGCGCUUAUCUUUCCGUUUGAUCAAAUUGAGAGAAAUGUAUCUGAUUCUCAGCCAAGUGCUAUUGGAGGUGACCAAACAAAGAUCAAUCUGAAAGCAACAGUUUACAGGAAAGAUAUAUCCCCUAUUGUUGAUGGUUGUAGCUGUUACGCAUGCCAGAAUCAUACAAAAGCAUACAUUAAUCACCUGCUCAAUGUUCAUGAAAUGUUGGCUCAAAUUCUGCUAGAAAUCCAUAACACACACCAUUAUCUGGGGUUCUUUCGCGCAAUUAGACAAGCAAUCAAGGAAGGAAAGUUUGAGCAAUUUCGGCAGCAGUUCAUUGAAAAUAGGCGCCACCAGAUUUUUGCAGCAUCUCUUGGUUCAUGAAUGUUAUUCAUUCUUGUUGAGGCAGCAUCAUGCAGAAAAAAGAGGAAAAGAAUUUUGGUUGUGUAUCAUCACGACUUUAACAUCAAUGUGUAUUAUCAUUUUUUUUAAUGAGUGCAUUUAACAUCGAAAUAGGGAGAUAAUUUCGAAGUUAUUGUUGUAUUAGUUGGGUGUGGACAUGAAUGAAGAAAAAUUUUGUAGGACGGAGUGAGUGUCUGUCUAAUGACUUUCAACUAAAGCAUGCAAAUAUCUCAAUUGUGAUUUACUCCUUGGGGAUGUCAUCACUUCA